CUUUAACAAACCAGUGUUGAUUUUAACGGCGUCCGUGUAUGCGUUUAGGGCUUGUCUGAUUUCUGUUAAUUGUAUUUAAUUGAACGUGAACGCUCGUCGAGGUGUGACACUGGACAAGAUUGAAACACAAUUUUGGAUCUUCUAAAUUAUAUAUAGUUAUAUGGGGCGAAGAGCUAGCCUCCAAAAUGAAGCUCUCGCUAGUUUUUGAGCUGCUGCUCAUUUUCGUGCUGCUGGCUUUUGCGGCAUCGAAGAGCGUCAGGAAACAGAAGAAUAACAGGAAGGCGAUACAGAACAGGAAUGACAGCGACAAGUUGGAAGACAACAGCAUCAAUAAGUACUGUAAAUGUUCGGAGGCGUACUGCAAUUGUUGCCGCGACUUCCAAGUGCCCGUGCUCAAUUUGAACGGUCCAGGAUGUGCGUCACUGAUGUACCUGAACGGCGACAAAAUGGCGGUGUCACUAAGCUUCGGAAAGAAGGUCAUCACGAACCGGACCCUCUCCAGUCGCAAACCCAGCCCAGUUUGUCUACCAUUACCUGGAGGAGUAUCAAAAUUCUGCGGACGGGUAUACAACAUAGCUAGAGCUGGCGAAGAAUUCAGAGCAUGCCUUGGCUUAGAGCUUCAGUCUAAGACUUCUGUGGAAGCAGCAGUCCGAGUAUCCUGCUUCAAGUUUGGACCUCGCGGAGUGACGUCAGAGCCUGCUGAUCCGCUUCCAUUGGUUCCCCAAGGCGAGAAAGCUGGCGAUGAUGAUGAUGAAGAUGAUGAGGAUGACGACGACUUUGGAUUAGGAGACGAUGACGACGACGACGAUGAUGAUGAUGACGACGAUGAUGAUGACGGUGAAUUAGAUGCAAUCAACGAUGUUGAAAGUGCAGACUAUACAGGAUUCAGUCUUUUAGGAGAAGACUUAUUGGGAGACCUGUUUGGUUCAUCGGGCAAUAAGAAACCGAAUAAAAAUAAGAAGAAACAAGCGCCUGUACAAAGCACUACUACUACUAGGCGACCGCGUCCAUCGCGACGUCCUAGUAGAAAACCUAGUACGAGGACAACGACACUCAAACCUACCCGUUCCACCACAGUUAAAAUUCGCCCAGGAAAUAGGCGUCCUACAAGAAGGCCAUCGAAAAGACGCCCGUCGAGACGCCCAACGACUGCUAUAACUGUUGAAAGUACAACUCCUUCUACUGCUACCGCUUCAACCUCAGUUCCUUUAGUUACUAUACCAAUAGUUACUCCUGUGCCAAUUUUGCCUAUUGUUUCAAGCACAGAACUAAGACAAGUUGUUAACGAUGAAAUCGAUCAAACCUUUGAACCAAUAGUUGCAUUUAAUCAAAAUGUUAAACCUCUACCUUCUACCACCGCAAAAAGCGUGACGAAUUUUGAGGAUCCAGGCCUUGAGAUGUCUCUUGCACAUAUAACUGGUCAGUUAUCUGUGAUGCCAGUUACUCCUAUAGUAUCUGGAUCCGGCAAAGACGCAGAAAUGUCUUCCACAAAUAAACAAGAAGUUACUUAUGAGAAAAUUGAAACAAUCACGCCCAAAAUGCCUUCUACGGCGACGUUUACUGCGGCAACUGAAGAAAAGGUGAAUGAUGACUUGAUCCAAAUUGUACAAGACCUUGAUUCUAAUUCAGAGGAACACAAAGAAUCUCUAGAAGCUGAAGAAACAAGAGGACAUACGUUUGAUACAUUUGACCACACUCCUGUUUCUGGCGACUUUUAUUCAGGUCUUUCUUUACCAAAAAAGAAACAUCGCGGAUUCGAUUAUGAGGAUUUAGACGUGCUUCGUUUAUCUGAUAUCGGUGAAACGGUUGGUGAUCAGUUAGGUUUAUUUGGAAGAAGUAAGAGGCAUGACAAAAAUAAACAUACAAAAGUAAAAAAUAACAAAGACGAAGAUGAUGAGAAUGAUGACUAUGCCGACAUGCUUUUAUUUGAUUCCUUACUGCGGAAGUCGAGCAAUGGUAAUAAAAAUAAAAAAGACCGAAGAAGACAAAACAAAAUGAUGCGCGGUGAAUGGUCCCAAGUAUGACACCUAAGUUAAAUUAGUUUUAAGUAUUUAAUAACUAUUUAUUCGUUUGUUCUAAUUUAUUUAUUGACUGUAAAUAGUAAUAUUACAAUUACCAACAUUAAGCUUUAGUUUUUUCCAUUGAUGAUUAAAGAACUUUGUAGAUAUGUGUUUCUCAAUUAAAAUCCC